AUGCUUACAUGCCGAAUUGCUCAGAAUCUUUUAGAAGCAGGACCGGCACAUGUAGUUGAGAACCUAUUGCCGGAUUACGUGAAUGGAGAUUUAUCGGCAUUGUGUGUGUGGCCUGACCAGAUCCGACAUUGGUACAAGUACCGUUGGACCAGCCCUCUCCAUUUCAUCGACACUCCCGACCAAGCCUGCUCUUACGAAUUCUCCAGGGAUUGUCAUGAUCAACAUGGGUUAAAGGAUAUGUGUGUGGAUGGAGCAAUCCAAAAUUUCACGUCACAGCUACAGCAUUACGGUGAAGGAACAUCUGAUCGUCGAUAUAACAUGACCGAAGCCCUUUUGUUCUUGUCUCAUUUCAUGGGAGAUAUUCACCAGCCGAUGCAUGUCGGAUUCACAACUGAUGAAGGAGGAAACUCGAUAGAUUUACGUUGGUACAGGCAUAAAUCAAAUUUACAUCAUGUAUGGGACAGAGAGAUCAUUCUCACGGCUCUAAAAGAAUACUACGACAAGGAUUUGGAUCUUCUCCAAAAGGAUCUUGAGAAGAACAUCACCAAUGGGUUAUGGGACGACGAUCUAGCUUCGUGGACAGAAUGCAACGAUCUCAUCUCUUGUCCACACAAGUAUGCGUCGGAGAGUAUAAAGUUGGCAUGUAAAUAUGGAUACGAAGGCGUGAAGUCCGGUGAAACUUUAUCAGAGGAGUAUUUCAAUACAAGGAUGCCAAUAGUGAUGAAGAGAAUUGUUCAGGGAGGAGUUAGAUUAGCCAUGAUCCUAAACCUGGUUUUUAGUGAUACUCAUGCUGAUGUUGCUGCUACUUGA